AUGACGUCUGAACCUACAACGAUAGCUGUUAAAGAACAAAUUCGUCAAGAAAACGGUAAACUGAGUUCAUUAAAAAGUCUUUAUUUCAAUAGAAGCCAUGUUAAUGGCCCAAGGAUAGGUAAUAUUCAGAGAUGGGCAACUCCGGAGUUAAUUCCACUAGCUACAAGAGAACUUAGCUACAACUCCAUAGCAACCAUCGUCGGGAUAAUUGGGCGUCGUCCUCCUCAAUCAUAUGCAAUACCAUAA